GCUUCGAUUGCUUUCAUUACAGGACAACAAGAUGUUGAGCAUGACAGUUAGCCGGUGUGUUAUUCCGAGAUUUGCGCAAUGUUUAAACAGAUCAGCUGCAUUAACUGCUGGUUUUAUACCAAAGAAGUUAUACGGAUACACUCAAAAUAGAAACUUUGCCAAAAACGCUACAAAAUACCAAAAAGAAACCGCAUCAGUUACUUUUGUGUGUUCAGAUGGCACAAAAUAUACAGUGGAUGCGAAAGUUGGGGACAAUCUUCUUGAUGUUGUGAUAGAAAAUAACAUUGACUUAGAUGGCUAUGGAGCGUGCGAGGGAACCCUGGCUUGCUCAACCUGUCACCUGAUAUUUGAGAAGGCAGACUACAAUAAGCUGCCAACGCAACCUUGUGAUGAAGAAUUGGACAUGUUGGAUCUUGCCUUUGGACUCACUGACACGUCUCGACUAGGUUGCCAGAUAGUUGUGACUAAGGACAUGGAUGGACUUGUAGUGAAAGUGCCUGCUGGGGUUGCAGACGCAAGGGAACCCUCCUAGUGCUUCCACACCUUAUACACAGUGAUGUGUAACCUCAGAUACUGAUCCAUCACAGAUAGCAGCAGACAUGAUGAAACCAGCUCCUCUGCAGCAGUGUAUCAAAGUCAAUGCAUGAAGAAAUACAAAUUUAAAUUUUAUAUUGUGAAUUACAGUAAAAUGAUUACCUACUGUUUGAAGCAGCAUAUGAAACAAAUUGCAAUGACAGAGAGAAAGAGAGAAUACUUUUACACAUAAAUUGUAUAAACAUAAAAUUCAAGAAAGAAAUUAACACAUGAAUAUCAAAUUAUUCAACAGUUUCAUCAUUCAGUAGUGUUGUCAAGGUGUGAAUAUAUCUGGAUAAAUCAUGGACAAAGGCUGUUGUCUUUUACAUCAUUAAAUAAAUAUUUUUUAAUAAUUUGAAAAUUACCUUUCAAUAUGCAUGUUGAUGCUAAUGAAUGAUAAAAUUCAUGAAAAAUGUUUUAAAACAACAAAAAAUGAGAUUAUUAAUGUAUUUCGAGACAACAAGAAAGUCUAAUGCAUUAUACAUGGUGCUUAUCAAUCUAGAGUAAAAAAUAUUCAUAUGAAUGCGCAUAAAUCAUUGGUUUUGUUGCUUGCAUACAAUUCUAAAUAACAAUUUAGUUGUUUGAGUAUAUAUGUAUGGAUGGUAUCAUGGACUAAUAAUGGAAUUUCGGUGUCAGUAUUUGUAUACGGCCUGGUUAUGGACAUUGCAAUGUGUAUCUAUUGGAGUUUCUGGCUUCACAAAUAAGAUUGAGAUAACAAAAUUAGCCAUUUAAAAUUGUAAAUACAAUAUAUAUUGUUAUUAAGUUUCGUAUGUAAUGUAAUUUUCUAUCACAUCAGUCAUACACUCUUUGAUCAGGUGUUACUGUGUUGAUGUGAUGUUAGAAGUUUUAUAUCAUCUAUAUGUAGUUUCAUAUGUUUAGUCCCCUACCGGUGUGAUAACUCAAAAAGUACUGAAGCUAGAAUGAUGCAUUUUGGUUUGUACCAUGAGUUGAAAUGUAUGCAAGCUUGAUUGAUAUAAAUUGGUAUGGGUGAAAACUAAAAAGCGCCUUAUAGGGAAUCUUUUUGUCAUUUCAGUCUGUCUGUUUUACUUCCAAAAAAUUAAGAUCCUGAUUGAUAAAACUCAGUUCUUCGCAAAAUUAUUUCAAAGAGUCAAGAUAAACAUACCACUAGUUUGGAAUGAAUGCUCUCGGGUCUGAAUCAAUUGAUACUUAUUUCUAUCUAAUUGACUUUGUAAAUAUUUAUAGAUUUGGUUUAAACUUUAUUAGAUAAUCAUGGAUUUAAUAUAUGAAUAUAGCAAUUAAGAUGAUGGACUGUAAAUAACAUAUCAACUAUCUAGGGCAAUUGAUUAAACUUGGUGUAAGCUUACAGGUUAAUCCACUAACAAAAAAAUACCCCUUUACAGAUACACUCCCGUAUCUAUCAACAUCUCGUCAAUUGCAUGAUGGCAGGUGUUAUCCGAACAAUUAAUGAUACAUGAAAGGAUCCUUACAUUAGUAAAUAAAUACUUAAGCUAGAAUGAUGCCUUUUUUCAGAUAGAGGGCAAUAUGUUUGUAUUUCAUGUUUUUCCAAAGUUGUGGUUGCUAUGGUUACAGAAAUAAUUGAAAACUAAAAUUUGCAUAUUGCCAUAACUAAAAAGUACAUAAGCUAAGCUAAUGAAACUUUUGAAGAUCCUGUUCUUCUCCAAAAACAUAAAUCAGGUAGGGGAUUGCUGUUUUGACUGUGACAAAGCUGUUUUUAAUUAUGUGUAUUUUAUUUUGUACUUCGUUGUUGUGAUGGUAUGGACACCAAUUAAUUGUAAUGACCUGUUGAGCAUUGAGACAUAUAACAUUUUUAUGUCCUCUUUGGGAGAAGCAAGGUUGCAUAGCUUUUAACUUGUAUGUAACUGGGUUUGUAUGUAGAUAGGUCGGUGAUUUGGGCCAUAGACCAUUUGUUAUACAUGAUAGAGAACACUUUGACCUACAACCUUGCAAUUUGGUGUGUUGGGUACUUGGGAGGAAAGAAAUAUGCCUAUCAAUGUAUAUCAAUUUGGAAGUCAGCUGGUGGAAGUCUUUUGGGGCAUGGUAACAUGAAAUUAAAUAGACAUUCUUAAGUAGUCAUUUUAAGUUCUAUUAAAUUUGCAUGAAAAACAUUCCUUAAGCAGACUUUCAAUUGUGAUAAAACACCAUCUGGAUAACACAUUUCAAUGAUCAGAGAUACUGAAAGCUGUAAAUGCCUUGACGCAUGUUUUGCCAUUGACAUUUUGUUGAACAAAAAAAACUGUUCCAGCCAGUUUCAUUAGCCUUAAAGUGAUUUUGUUUUGGGUGAUGACGCCUGAUGUGUAUUGGUUUAAACCAUUUGAAAUGUUAUAUACAUAAGGGAAAGGGGGGACUAUUUGUUUUACAAACAUCUCUUUUGUUUUUUAGCUCACCUGAUAAAACUUUGGAAGAAUGUAUGUUUCCUUGACAAUAUCUACGCACUUUAUUCAGGGACAUGUGUGCCAGAAAACUAGGUUACCAGAUCAAAUAAAAAAACAAAACAUUGCCACCUCAUGUUUGAUUAUCUUAAAUUGUAUAUUUGUUAGAGAGCAAUUCUAUUUUCCAAAAUGUUUUGUACAGAUAUUUCUGAAGAAUUAUUAUCCUGAAUAAAAACAAUAUUACACAUUUUUGAUGUACAAUAACAUUCAUGUAUUGGCAAAGAAAAUACAAACUUUUUUUCCAUAGAACAGUCAACAAAUGGGCAUUUUAAGUUAUAAUACUGAAGAUAUUAAUUUUAUGUGUUUUUUAUAUGUAAUACCGGUAAUUGAAUUUAUGGUGCAUAAUUAAGUGAAUCAUUAUGUGAAAAAUUUGAUUCCAGACUGAAAAUAAAAAAGAAAACAAAUGUUUUAUUAUACAACCCAUGCGAAAGACAAAAAAAUCUUUUGAUGAGAUCUGAUAAUUUUUAAAAUUUACUGGACCUCACCAGAUUUUGCCGGUCCUCAUUCUUCUUCAACAAACAAUAAAAAUUACCUUUUGUAGAGUUUAUUUUCAUUAUUUUGACAUUCAUGAUAUUUAACAAUUCUAAAUACAAUCAAAUAAGAACUUAAUUGAAACCUGUUAUUUCAAAACUAUUAAGAUGGUCAGUUUGACUGGUUGGUAAAAUCUGUUGUAUUUUAAAGUUAAAUAAUACAAGGUAGUAAAAUCAACAUAAACAAGUUCUCUUUUUUUUUUACAUAUUCAUAGUUUUGUUUUAAUUUUAAGUCAAAGUUUUAGAUAUUGCUGAUAUUGUUUUUUUGUCUGACAUAAGGGUCCAACAGUUUCGGAAAUAUUAUCAGACCUCAGCAAUUUUUUAUCGGAUUUGUCCGAGGUCUUUCGCAUGGGUUGAAAAGUUUUAUACAAUUAUGUUGAUAUUAUUUUAAUAUAUAUGUAUUCAUAUCAGCCAACAAAUUUUUAUUAAAUAUAAACAAUUUUAUCAUUUUUGUCAUUUGUUCAGCAUUAUCUGCUAGUAACUUGUUUAAUGGAUUAUAAUGAUACUUUUUACCAUUAAGAAACAGAAGUUGUGAACAAUAAACAAACAAUGUUGCAAUAUUCCAGAUAUUUGGAAGAUUAUGUUGUCUCACAUCAUUUGUAAUUUGUUCAUUUUGUUGGUUGUAAAACACGUACUUACAUCAUAACUGAAGAGGGCAAAUGCGUGCAAAAGCAGCAAUAUUUGUUAAAUUCAAGUUAAAAAAAAAUCCUUAAAGAACUUGUAAGUUCUACAUUGAAACAUUAUUUUGACAAAUAUUGUAAUGAUGAGAUUUCAGAGAUCUUGUUCUACAAUAUGAUUUUUAUCUCACCUGUGAUGAAGUGACAUGGUGAGCUUAUGUGACCGUAUGAUGUCCAGCGUCCGUAUGUGCGUGCGUGCGUCCGUCCGUCAACAAUUUGUUUGUGUAGACAGUAGAGGUCACAGUUUUCAUCCAAUCUUUAUGAAAUUUGGUCAGAAUGUUUAUAUUGAUGAAAUCUGGGUUGGGAUUGUAUUUGGGUCAUCUGGGGUCAAAAACUAGGUCACUAGGUCAAAAACUAGGUCAAAUAAUAGAAAAACCUUGUGUAGACAAUAGAGGUCGCAGUUUUCAUCCAAUCUUUAUGAAAUUUGGUCAGAAUGUUUAUCUUGAUGAUAUCUGGGUUGGGAUUGUAUUUGGGUGAUCAGGGUUCAAAAACUAGGUCACUAGAUCAAAAACUAGGUCAAAUAAUAGAAAAACCUUGUGUAGACAGUGGAGGUCACAGUUUUCAUCCAAUCGUUAUGAAAUUUGGUCAGAAUGUUUAUCUUGAUGAAAUCUGGGUUGGGAUUGUAUUUGGGUCAUCUGGGGUAAAAAACUAGGUCACUAGGUCAAAAACUAGGUCAAAUAAUAGAAAAACCUUGUGUAGACAAUAGAGGUCACAGUUUUCAUCCAAUCUUUAUGAAAUUCGGUCAGACUGUUUAUCUUGAUGAAAUCUGGGUUGGGAUUGUAUUUGGGUCAUCUGAGGUCAAAAACUAGGUCACUAUGUCAAAUAAUAGAAAAACUGUCAACAAUUUGUUUGUGUAGACAGUAGAGGUCACAGUUUUCAUCCAAUCUUUAUGAAAUUUGGUCAGAAUGUUUAUCUUGAUGAAAUCUGGAUUGGGAUUGGAUUUGGGUCAUCUGGGGUCAAAAACUAGGUCACUAGGUCAAAAACUAGGUCACUAGGUAAAAAACUAGGUCACUAGGUCAAAUAAUAGAAAAACCAUGUAUAGGCAAUAGAUGUCGCAGUUUUCAUCCAAUCUUUAUAAAAUUUGAUCAGAAUGUUUAUCUUGAUGAUAUCUGGGUUGGGAUAGUAUUUGGGUCAUCUGGGGUCAAAAACUAGGUCACUAGGUCAAAUAAUAGAAAAACCUUGUGUAGACAAUAGGGGUCACAGUUUUCAUCCAAUCUUUAUGAAAUUUGGUCAGAAUGUUUAUCUUGAUGAAAUCUGGGUUGGGAUUUUAUUUGGUUAGUCAGGUGAGCGAUUCAGGGCCAUCAUGGCCCUCUUGUUUUCAUUUUUUCCUCAUUCAAUCAGUCUUUCAUGAUUAUGUAUUGAGGUUAAGGAAGGUGUAGUUAUUAUGUUGUAUGUGACUGUUGUAGAAGAUAGAUGGAGUAAGCAAACAAUUUUACAUGUCAUAAUAAUGUUGUUAUCUAAUAAAAUUUUGUCAAAGUAGUUUGUAAUACCAUUUAUACAAAGAAAAUUUUAUUAAACAUAAUUGCAUGAA